AUCACGGACCUUGAUUUAAACUUGGGAAAGUACGGAACUGUGUGCUAAUACGCGUUACUUUCGAUUUCGCUUUUUAUGCUGAGUAACUAGACGACAUGGAGACUUCUUUUGAUAUCCGUCUGGAGUCGAAGAAACAGGUGGAUGACUUCUGCCAAAAGCUCACAAAGGAGGCAGAAGGACUGGUUUCAAAAUUCUUCCCUCAGAAGAUUGAGGAGCUGCAGAUGCUGCUGAAGACAUCCUUCAGCUGUGAUGACCUGGCAUCAUUGAAGGCUCCACUGGACAUCCCGAUUCCAGACCCAGCUAAAGAGGAGGCCAAACGCAAGAAAAAAGAGGAGAAAGAGGCAAAGGAAGGGAAGAAAGACAAAGACAGCGAUAAAGAAGAGGAAGAGUCAGGGCCUCCUUGUGGUCCCAUCUGCACCAAUGAGCGAGUGGAGAGUCUCCUGCAUGAAGUGAAGCCCGAGAUCCAGACUCUGAAGGAGAAGCUCAACACGGUGUCAAUGUGGGUACAACUUCAGAUCCCUAAAAUCGAAGACGGUAACAACUUUGGAGUGGCUGUGCAGGAGAAAGUCUUUGAGUUGAUGACCAACACUCGUACCAAGAUCGAGGCAUUCCAGACUCAGAUUUCUAAAUAUUACAGUGAGAGAGGAGAUGCUGUAGCCAAAGCUGCCAAACAACCCCACGUGGGAGACUACCGACAGCUGGUUCAUGAGCUGGACCAGUAUCAGUACUGGGAACUCCGCCUUGUGGUCCUGGACCUCUGCAACACAUACGCUGUGCUCUUUGACAUCAUUAACAAGAACUAUGACAAGAUUAAGAAGCCCAGAGGAGACGGCAAGGCUCUCAUCUACUGAACCUGCACAGCCAUGCUUUCGAAGAAGACAGAUAGUGUCAUAUGACACUCAAGAAACAGUAUACCAACUCUAACUGUGAUGCUUUCUUUUUCACUUUGCAUUCAUUCGGUUUGUCACCAAAAUAAAACAAAACUAUUCCGAUUA